AAUUUUUGUCGCGGUGUCAAACUGUCAUAUAUUUUUAGCCAGACCAUUUGUUGUUGUUUAAAAAUAAAAUAUAAAUAAAUUAUAUAAUUAAUAUAUUUUGUUGAUUUAUAAAUACAAAAAUAAUGUCUGGUUAUACUGGACAAGAUAAUUAUUGGUCACCACCACCACAACAAAAUCAAUUUAACAAUGAACCAAUUGGUUUUGGUCAACCUAACCAACAAUUUGAAUUUCAUAAUUAUACCAAUGAUCAAAAUAAUGAUUAUUCAGGAUAUUCACAACAACCAUAUUUAGAUCCAACACAAAAUAGUUAUGCUGGUAAUAUAACAUAUGCAGCAGCUGAUUUUGAAAACGUUCCUGAAUUUGGAAGUGAAGAAGAUGAACCACCAUUAUUGGAAGAACUUGGAAUUGAUCCAGACAGAAUAAUACAAAAAACAUUGGCUGUAUUAAAUCCAUUUCAUCGUCGUGGACAAAUUGAUGAUGCAAAUUAUCUUAUGCAAGAUACUGAUUUAGCUGGUCCAGGUGUAUUUUGUUUAGUUCUUGCUGGAUUUUUAUUAUUAUCUGGUUCAAAAGCACAUUUUGGAUAUAUAUAUGGACUUGCAAUGACAUCAUGUUUUCUCAUGUAUUUACUACAGUCAUUAAUGAGUAGUACUGGAAAUAUAACAAUUUUCUCAGUAGCAUCAGUACUUGGUUAUUGUUUAUUGCCAGUUGUUGCACUUGCUGGACUUGGUAUAUUUACAACUCUCAAAGGACCAAUUGGAAUGAUACUUGCUGCAAUGGCUGUUUUAUGGGCAACAUUAUCAGCAUCAAGAUUAUUUUCAGCAUUAUCUGGAGAAGAAAAACAAAAAAUUCUUAUUGCUUAUCCAUGUUUUCUUCUUUAUGGAGUCUUCACAUUGAUAGUUAUUUUUUAGUUUUUCAUUUAUCGUUUUUUUUUUUUUUAAUUAAAAUAUUAAUAAUUAUAUAAUAUUAUUUAAAUUUUUUCAUUCACAUAUUUGUAUCAAUUAUUUUUUGAAAUGAUGUACGUGAUAUAUUACAUAUGCAUAUAUUCAACUUGUAAAUAAAUGCAAAGAACAUAUUAAAU